AUCUCUAGGCCCUUUACUCCUCUAAACCUAGAACCCCCUAUGAUACGCCCGGAGUGGGGGGUGCGGCUCUUGAUGCGGCCGACGGCAACACCGACGGUAACAUCGACGGCCGCAUCAAAGCCGCAUCCCCCGCGCCUUGCUUACCUCACAGGGACAGACAUAUUUCGGUUGUUUCAGAAGGGCAUUUUAUUACUAGACCAGUGAAUGACUCAUCGGCGAGCGAGACAAGAAAUAGCGCAAUGCACGUGGUCUUGACGAGCCUCGAGAAAAAUUUCACAGAGGCACAUAUACUCUAUACUUUACACAUUCAUUAUUUACAAUCCAAAAGUUUUAUACAGCUAGAACUAGCAGCAUGUCUAACAUAUUAUCACCGACCGAAAUGGGCCAAAUCCCGCCUAUUGAGAUACCCGCAUCUUCAAACAUCGUGACCGUACGUGUUAUUGACACUACUACCCGGUUGCAUAUGCCCGUGGGUACUAUGUUUGAUCCGCUUAUCAAGGGGCACACUACACUUGCGAGUCCGUCCUACUCUUUUCUGAUAGAAAAUGAGCGCCUGGAGCGUAAGGUUCUCUAUGACUUAGGAACACAACAAAAGUGGCAGGAGCAAGCUCCUUGCGUUGUAGACAUGAUUAGAACUUAUGGGUGGGAUGUCCGAGUUGAAAAAGAUGUCGCAGACAUUCUUGAAGAACACAGAGUAUCGCUCUCUGCGAUUGAAGCAAUCAUCUGGGGUCAUUGGCAUUGGGAUCAUCUUGGAGAUCCUUCGACAUUUCCAACUUCUACUGACGUUGUUGUUGGUCCUGGGUUUUUAGAAGAGUUUCUUCCGGGAGGCAAACCCAUAGAAGACUCCCCAAUAAAGGAAGAGUACUAUAAGGAUCGUAACCUUAGGGAGAUUUCGGAAGCACAUUUUAACCUAAAGUUUGGUGAAUUUGCUGCCUUCGAUUAUUUCGGAGAUGGCAGUUUCCUUCUUAUUAACAGUCCUGGUCAUGCUAUUGGCCACAUGUGUGCACUCGCUCGAACUACUACCAAUCCGGAUACGUUUAUUUUCAUGGGAGGUGAUAUUGCAAGCCAUGCCGGUGAAUUCCGUCCUACCAAAUACGUGCCACUGCCUUCGUUAAUAUCGCCCAACCCUCUCAACUUCUUGUCGCCAAAGCCUUGUCCAGGUCACCUUUUUGAGAGUAUCCACCCUCAAAGGUGUGGUAACUCACCUUUUUAUCGUAUGGGAACUUGGCCAGAUGGAGAUCCAACAAACGAAGAUGUACCAGCUGCAGUUGAAAGCCAGCAGAAGCUGCAACUUGUUGAUGCGCAUUCGGACCAAGUUUUUGUCAUCUUAUCUCAUGACGAAAACGUGGGGGAUGUGAUCGAUUUCUUUCCGAAGAUAGCAAACGGGUGGAAAGAGCUAGGUUGGGGUGAUAAAGCUAGAUGGAUGUUCUUAGGAGACUUCAAAGAAGCUAUUACCGAGUAGUGACCCCCAAAUGGGCUCAAUGCAAUCAUUUCAGGGCCAAGGACAAAAUCUAGUGUUAAUGCGAUAAUUCUAAGGGGUUUACUAUUUUAUAAUAUGUUAUAGAUUUAACAGAAUCUAACAAGUCUUUUUAUACUUUUUUUACCUUUUUUUUAGGAUGCUUAGCUAGA